AUGGCCGACAAUGACUCCGUUCGGCAGAGAAUCAUAUCAUCUGUCUUCACCAAGCUGAACUCGGCCGGCCAUGAGGAGACCUAUGUCUCACAUAUCAAAAUAUGGGAGGAGGCUGCGCAGGAUGAGGGAGGCAAGAAGCCGAGAUAUAUAUUACUCUCUCAGGCUAGCAAUGGAGGCGCCUUCAUACACAAAUCCAAGUUAAAUUCCAACGGCUCAUUUUCUGUCGGAAAGACAUGGAAACUUGUAGAGCUUCGCGGGAUUGAGCUUGUGAACCCAUUGGCCUUCAAGAUUACCAUGGCUAGGACGUAUCGUUGGCAGACGGAGAAUCAGAAGGAUCAGUCUAAUUUCAUUGCUUCUUUGAUAAAGCUCUUUCGUACAACGACAGGAAGUUCAGCUUCUCUGCAGCUAGUUGGGGUGCAGGACCUGGACAGUCCCUCGUCAUCAAGGCCGCCUCCCAUGUCGUUCACACGUAUGGAGCGAGCUCCUACUCCGACAAAUGGCAUACCUCUUCCGCCUGCAUCCCUCAGUAGGCCGAUACUCAAUGGCCAUAGCGAAAAUGUGACUCGAAGUAAGAGGGAAAGUGAGAUGUCCGCUAGAGCGCCCGCUCAACCGCCUUCUUCGGCGGUCCUUGGCUCAUCUAGGCCCCGCCGAUCCCAAACACCCUCCCGUGCGGGUUCUCCAGAUUUUUAUUCGCGUGCUCCACCGUCUGCGACAGUUCCUGAUCGUCCAGGGACUCCUGUUCGCCCACGCUCUAACACUCCUUCUGCUCAACAGAAUGCGAUCCCGAGUGCAUUGCGCCCUGGCAGGGGUGGUCGUCCCUCUAACGCGACAGCGUCUGUCCGCACCUCCAGCGCAAGCCUCGUCCCGUCCAUCGUCCUUCCCACCAGUCCUCCACCUACCCGACCCUCCGUACAGACGUCACAGAUCAGCGCCCCCUUAGCGCCGCGGGUCAAUGGCUCCGCGAUGGCUUCUGUCGUAGACGCUUUGACAGCAUCAUCGCACAUGCAACCUUCCCCCGUAUCAUCCUAUGCCCCUACACCUGAGGCUCUUCGCCAUAUUCCUCUGCCCACUGAGUCCUCUGCCCUGUCGCGCAAGCCACCCUCGCGUGCACCAAGUCGAACUCCGACAGAGUCUGGCCAACCACGACGCGAACAGAAUGCGCGUGUCUCAUUCUUUGACCUGCCAAAUCAGGCGGCAUUGAAUCAAUUGCUGUCGGGCGACGUGAUGAUUCACGACUACAGGGAAGGAGAAGGCGAGGGAUUAGCAUUGGCCGAGCGCGAAGACGAAAGUGCGCUUGCGACGCUGGAGAGUAUGGAGGAAAUGCUGGAGGGUUACGAGUGGGCGAGCGAUGACAUACUAGAGAGAAGAGCUGUUACGGGAGCUGCUGAUCAAAUUGAGGCAAGACUCCUGGAUGAGCUGAUGGCUCUGGAUAGGGCAAACGUCCAUUCGUUCAUUGAAUCUGAUGACCGAGUGCAAACGGUACUCAAGUAUCUGGAUGAAGCACUCUCGGAGCUGGAUGGGAUGGACAGCACCAUGUCAUCAUACAAGAUCUACCUCAAUGCUGUGAGUGAAGAUAUCACGUACAUUCAGUCCCAGAACCGGGGUCUGCAAGUGCAGACACAGAAUCAGCGAGCUCUUCUAAGCGAACUGGAAGAGUUGCUUCAAACCGUUCACGUUGACAAGGAAGCGAUGCUCAUACUGACACAAGAGUCGUUGGAGAAGGCCUCGAGUAUUCAGCGGAUAGAGGGUGCGGCUACUGAACUCUACAAGGCAUUGCAAGCUAGUAGAGACAGAGAUAUGGCAGCUACUAUGGAACGACUUGACGAGUACAGAACUCACAACGGCCAGUUCUGUAAGCGUGUGCUAGACUAUCUGACGAUCAUGUUCACUGCGCAGGAGAAGCUCCUUCUGAGCGAUAGCAGUGGCAUAGGCAAGAACGCAAAGGGUAGACCGUACAUCCUGGAUCAUAACAGUAUGGAGACGUACCUGGGGCGGUAUGGUGGGCUGAUGCUGUACAUGAAGGAGAUGGAGGAGGGCAUAUAUGCCAAGCUGUGCGCCGCAUACUUCUCAGCGGCCAGUUCACUCCAUGGUACUCAGAUCAAAGCCUUGAUGGCUGCAGGUAAUAGUCUUAUCAAGAAGUCUCCAGAUGAAGACACUGAUGGAUUCGGCGUUACAUCACCCACUACCAACAAAGCUGCUGCUGGCAUACGCCGCGCAGGAACCAUUGUACGGUCUCCGCUAGAAGGCCGAAGAGAAAAGAAAGACCACUCCGACGGAGAUAUGCGUGCGUCUGAAGUCUUCGGGCUCAUCCUCGAACAAGUUGCUCUGGCCGUCUAUCGCGAAGAUGACUUUAUUGCCGACUUUCUGCAGAUCAAUGACGCUGGGCUCACAUUUGCGGAUUACAUGGGUCUCGAGAACUACUUCCGUCGGCAGGCGGCACGAUUCUCUGGUCUUAGCCAGUCAACCGCUAAGCUUGUACGCGGUGCGAUGGAUCUGAUUUUUGGAUUCCUUCCCGCGGAAUUCAAGACAUGGCUUGACGGUGCCUUGGGAAGAGAUCGACUACAAAUCAUUGGCAUGAUUGUUUCCUUGGAGCGAUUUCUAGUUGAUGCAGAAGAAAGGGGGAACACCUUCUUGCUCAAUCUGCUGGAGAAACAGCAUACUCGCUUGAAAGCCAUCUUCUCGGGCCGUGUCAACGAGCAGAUCAAGUCUAUCGAGGAGACCAAAUUGACCAGCAAGAAACGCAACGGCGUCGCUCCAUUUAUCAAGUACUUCCCUACAUACGUCGGUCGCGUGGAGAAUCAGCUCAUCGGUGCAGACACUCUGGAGAUUCGACAGAAUGUGGACAUGGCGUACGAUCGGAUUGUGCAGUCCAUGUUCGACGCACUCAAACAUAUGGCCAAGAUGGAUGGCGAGGGUGAAGAUAAAGGCCAACUGAACUACCACGUCAUUCUGAUCGAGAACAUGCAUCACUUCGUUGCGGAAAUCUCACAGCUCCAGAUAGGUUCUGUUGCAACCUUUCUCAAGCGGGCGGAGGCAAUCUAUGACGAGAACCUUGCCGCUUAUGUGAAGAUAGUUCUAAGACGACCUUUCGCGAAAAUCAUUGAUUACUUCGAAGGCGUCGAGCGAAUCCUUAAAACUACCGCGCCUUCCGAGGUGUCUUCGAACAGCAACUAUUCUAAGGCCACACUCAAGAAAAUCGUCAAGGAUUACAACGCGAAGGAUGUGCGAAAGCAUAUCGACGCACUAUUCAAGAGGGUCGAGAAGCACUUCACAGAGGCCUCGGAGAAGGCAACAACAGAGGAAGUGAGCGUCAGCAUCGGUAUUACAUCCGGGACCGUCAUGGUCGGUGUGUGGAAGGCGUGCGAGGAGGAGCUGCUGAGGAUCACAGAGGUGUUCUCCAAGAGGAUAAGUCAGUGCUACAAGGACAUGGGAGUUGGACUGGAGUAUUCAGCGGGGGAUGUGGAGGCUGCAUUCAAGCGUCACCGAGUGGGCGUGUAG